GAUGGUUCUGAUACCAAUGAACUGACCGGGUUGGCGAAGGGAGGUCAACAGCUUAAAAGACUUAAGGCCAACUUUGGAAAGGCUAUAAGUCUACUGGUUGAGCUUGCCAGUCUUCAAACCUCGUUUAUUACUCUAGAUGUGGUCAUCAAAACCACAAAUAGGCGUGUGAAUGCUAUUGAGCAUGUUAUUAUUCCUAAGAUAGAGAGAACUCUUGCUUACAUCAUCUCAGAGUUAGAUGAACUUGAGCGUGAAGAAUUCUACCGCUUGAAGAAGGUUCAAGACAAGAAGAAGAAAAUCAAGGCCGAAAGGGAAGCCCUAACCGCCUCCAGGAAAGCCCAAGGUCUUGACCAAGGGGAUGGUGGCGGUGACAUAUUUGAAGAGGAACAUGAUGAAGAUCUGCUUUUCUAGAUUAUAUUCCCGGAUUUAUAUUCAACUAUUUCAUGGAUUAUCUCAUAUUUAUUUCGAGGAUUUUUAGAAGCUUUUGUUAUUUGAAACUUUGUGCUUUUAAGAAACCAUGUUGAUUUUUCUUAAAUUUAAAAUAUUGAAUUUGGCAACAUGUUGCAUAUUGCUAUUGUGAUGUAUUUGAUUUUAUAUUAAAUUAUUGAAAUAAAAAAUUGUGUUUUUAA